CGUAAAAUCCCUAAAAUAUUUGUUACAGAUGUGACAGCUGAGGCAGUAGGUGUAGCUAUUGCUGCACCUCCAUCAGAAGGGGAGGCAAAUGCAGAGCUGUGUCGCUACCUCUCUAAGGUGCUAGAAGUGAAGAAGAGUGAAGUUGUUUUAGAGAAGGGUGGUAAAUCACGUGAAAAAGUGGUGAAGAUUUUGGUAUCGAUGACACCAGAUGAGAUUUUAGAAAAACUGAAAAAAGAAGCUUCCAAUUGA